UCUCUUCCCUGUGCGUUUGAGCGGAGUCAGGCGAAUAAGGAAAAAGGCUGUAAGUGAGGAGUGUAUUUUAAUGGAUGAAACUCACAGCAGACGACAGUUUAGCUGAUCUCAUUUUGCCAUGAGAAGAGUCACACUGUUUGUCAACGGAACCUCCACUAAUGGAAAGGUGGUGGUCGUGUACGGCUCUCUGGAGGAUUUACUGUCUGUGGCCAGUUCAAAACUGGGAAUAAGAGCCUCUAGUGUUUAUAACGGGAACGGCGGCCUCAUAGACGACAUCACGUUAAUCAGAGAUGACGACGUGCUGUACGUAUCAGAGGGAGAUUCGUUUGAAGAUCCUCAGGAGGACCUCAGUGCCUCUGAAAGGGGUCAGACUCACACUGAUUGGCUGACGCUUAAUGUCGGUGGACGCUGCUUCACCACCACGAGGAGCACGCUGGUCAGUAAAGAGCCUGAGAGCAUGCUGGCUCACAUGUUCAGAGAGAAAGACGUGUGGGGGAACAAGCGGGACUCUCAGGGCGCGUACCUGAUAGACCGCAGUCCGGACUACUUUGAGCCCAUUCUGAAUUACCUGAGACACGGACAGCUCAUCAUCAACGAAGGCAUCAACCCUCUGGGCGUGCUGGAAGAGGCUCGUUUCUUUGGUAUCGAGCAGCUCGCCGAACAGCUGGAGACCCUCAUAAAGUCCUCUCAGCCCCCUCACGACCACUCCCCCCUGACCCGCAAGGAGUUCAUUCGAUUCCUGUUGGCCACGACGACCAAGUCAGAGCUGCGGUGUCAGGGUCUGAACUUUACCGGCGCAGACCUGUCUCGUCUGGAUCUGCGCUACAUCAACUUCAAGAUGGCCAACCUGAGAGGAGCCAACCUGAGCCAUGCGAACCUGAGCGGGGCCAACCUGGAGAGAGCGGACCUGUCCAUGGCCUGUCUGGAUGCAGCCAACCUGCAGGGCGUGAAGAUGCUGUGCACCAACGCCGAAGGAGCUUCACUGAGAGGCUGUAAUUUUGAAGACCCUGCUGGAAUCAAAGCCAACCUGGAGGGAGCCAACCUGAAGGGUGUGGACAUGGAGGGAAGUCAGAUGACGGGGAUCAACCUGAGGGUCGCCACGCUGAAAAACGCCAAACUGAAGAACUGCAAUCUGAGAGGAGCCACGCUGGCAGGAACAGACCUGGAGAACUGUGACUUAUCGGGAUGUGACCUUCAGGAGGCGAACCUGAGAGGCUCCAAUGUGAAGGGAGCCAUCUUUGAGGAGAUGCUGACUCCUCUGCACAUGUCUCAGAGUGUGCGGUGAACCUCCAUUCAGGCCUUUAAAUCCCAGCAAAGCCUCCCGGUGGAGAGCAGGUAGUAGUGACACACACGUGUGUUUCAUGAUCAAACAAGUGAACUGUGGAUGUCAGAAUCAAACACCACAUCAAUGUAGUCGGGUUUUUACCGAGAGAAACGUCUCCUUCUUUGCUUGUUUGUGCCUUUAGUUUACUGAUCAACAGGUCUGCAACAGACAGGCUGCUUCUAACGCUCUGAUAGGCCAUUACGGUUUGAAUAUAAAAUGUAAAAAUGCGACAUCCUGUUUUCCACCCACACCUGAAGGCAACAAGCAGUUUGCAGAUUGAAGGAGGUGAAAAAAGCCUCCAUUUGUUUUUCAUCAUUUGUGUUCACCAAUGACAAUAUUAAGAAAAAUUCCAGGUAGAAUUUAAACAUUUAUGGGCUGUUUGUAGCUCAGAAGAUUCUUUAAUGAACAUUAGAAUUUACUCACACAGAUUUUUAAAUCUUUUUCUGUUUGUGGACCAUGAAUCACACAUUUGUCACAAGUACUGACGCAUGUUUCCCUCCUGUGAUGAUGACCACUGAGUGGCAAACUUUAUCUUCUGCUCUGAACCAAACGCCAACCGGUGGCAACGCGGUUUUCAGCUCGUUUCUUUGUGUUCCUCACAGAUAGAAGCAGACGUUUAUUUUAACGCGAGUGUAUUGGGAAUGAACAGAAAUGACACAAAAUGUUAUCGACAGGCUUUCGAAUGUAGUUUUGGAUUGUUUCUAAUCUUUGAACUCAAAUUUAUGUUGUUCAUAACCCUUAAAAACCCGAGCAGCCUCUGCACGAGUUUCCUCCCACAGCCCAAAGCCGUGCAGGUCAGGUUGGUUGGUGUCCCAGCGUCUGUAAUGCUGAGCGGUUCUUCACCUCCACAGUAAAACGCUCUAUCAGUGACAGGAGCAACAAGUUUAGAGGGGAAGCAGUGAAAGCUUCAUGGACAGUUUGGUUUGCAGUUGUUUUUCAGCUCAUAUCAAUUCCAAAUGUCGAUGAAGGAUAUGAAUGAAACGCACUCGCUGCAGUCAACAAAUUUAGCUGAUUUCCUUCUUGGUCGUCAUUUCGCUGACCUCCAGCUGCUGAUGUAAGGAACACGUUACUGUGGAGGUGUUUUGUCUUCUCAGAGAAUGAAACACAUUCAGACUCCGCCUCCAUCACGUGACCUCUGACAGGUGCUUCCUGAUGUUCGUCCUGCUUCACGUGGAGUUUAAAAGUGAAAACGACUCCAGUGUAGAAGCAGAUUGUGCACAUUUAUAUCCACAGUGUGAAACAAACUAGAACUAAAAGUCAGAUGUAUUUUAAAACGUCCAAACCUGCUGUUUUUCUACGUGAUGUUCGUCUCGUAUUGUGCCAACAGCAAAGUGAAUAUUUUAUUAAAUGUCUCAGCCUGCUGAGUGGUGGAGUUUGUCUCUGUGUGUGUUUUAAGUCACUGGUGUUAACACAAGUUUAGUGUCAGCUGAAAUGUGAAACCACUGAGGUGCUAAACCGUCUGUUCUGCUGUCUUCUUUCAUGAUGUUUAAUAAAGGUUUUUCUUAAAACUU